UGCUUCUGUCCAUCACAUCCAACAUGGCGGCCUCCGCAGCUUCACGUGAGCUCUUUAAAGAGGGAGUAAGAGCGGUUCUUCACACCUGGCCGGUUCUACAGAUCGCGGUGGACAACGGGUUUGGAGGCGUGUACGGGCAGCAGAAAGCUGAUUGGAUGGUGGAUGUAGUCCAGCAGUUUUUCCACGACAAUGCCGACCUGCAGCGGUGUGAGGUCGAGGACUUCAUCGCUGAACUGAUGGAUCAGGAGUUUGACACAGUGGUGGAUGAUGGGAGUUUACCUCAGCUGUGUGACAGUCUGAUGCAGGUGUUCAGUCAGUGGCAGCAGGGGGCGCUGCAGCAGCUCAAACACACCAUCGACACUUUGACACAGAAGAAGAGUCAGAGGGCAAAGGUCACCGCUGCGCCCACACAGUCUGAUGACGACAGUGAUGAUGAAACACAGGUGAUGGAGUGUGAAUCCUCCGAACAGUCGUCAGUCAGCAGGAAAGAUCCUCCUCCUCCUCCUCCUCCUGGUGAAGAAGAGGACGGGUGGACGAUGGUGCGUAAGAAGAAGUGAGCAGGAAGAUGAGGACCAGUAUGAACUGUUGACCUCAGACGCAGCUGACCUUUGACCUUUGGGAAAAGACUGCGUGUAACACUGAUAAAGACGGAGCGCGUCUUUAACGGGAGUUGAUGUUCUGCGCUGUCAUGGCGUCUGUGAGCGGCCUCAUCGUGCCGCCGUGUGAGCAGAGAGGCGUCAUUAAACCAGAGUGAGUCUGGUUUCUGUGUUUUUAUAUUAAACAUGUUGAAAGUG